AUGUCUUUUCAAAAGUUGUUCACUUGGCUAGUUUUGAUCAACUUUGGUUUACCUUAUUCAGAAACCUUUCGUUUAUAUAAUACUUAUUUUAACUUUCAAGAACAAGAUAUUACUGAACAUGAUUGUAUCUACUACUCAAAUGCACUCUUUCAUAGUGCAGAUGACUGGUGGUCAUAUUGUAUUCGCUUGGAUGCAACGUCAACAAUUGAAAAAAGUAUUAUACCUGAUGACACACGAGGAAAACGAUACACGUUUGGCGAAUUACGCGAACAAAACAUCAGUAGUCAACACCUGUAUAAUUGGAAUGCUCCAAUAAAUACGGUAGAAUUGUACCAGCUCUUUCUGAAUCAACUAACGGACAGAAAUGAAUAUUUUUAUAAUUGUUCGACACCAUGAGGCUCAAGUUUAUGUCUUGAAUGGCGCGAGAUAUGUGACGGAAGAGUUGAUUGUUUCAAUAACGGUGUAGAUGAAAUAAACUGCCACCUACUUGAAUUGAACGAAUGUUCAGAAAAUGAAUAUCGAUGUCAUGAUGGUACGACAUGUAUUCCUUCUAUAUUUUUUCGUGACGGGCAAAUUGAUUGCAUGGAUAGCAGUGACGAAUCGAAAAACGUUAGUAUUAGUUUCAGCGAUUGCCACAAGAAUCCAUUGAUAAAAUGUGAAGAAUCAAGAACGCUUUCUUCUGCUUUGCUUUCAUGUGGAGAUGGAAGUAUUUACAAACCAAAGGGUGUAGAAGUCUGCAAAAAUGGCCGAUCUGAACUUAUCUUUAAUAACAUGAUGUUACGAAAUAACAUAUCCAGCACACAAAAUGACACUUGUUGGCAAGUAAUCGCAUGUGCGUUCGAACUAAGUGAAAAUAUGAACAUUUUAAAUUGUAACACCAAUAAAAGUCGACAGUAUGAACGAAUUGAACAAGAGUGCGAAAAAUUAUUUUUCUUUCCACCACAUGCCAUAGCUUUCGGCAAUAUGCAUUUGGCGUAUAUAUCCAACCGAACUACCUGGGAAACCCGUAUAGAUCCUGACUAUGUGUGCUAUGAUGAAGUAAUUUGUCAAUUUAUCUUUCGCCCGAUACUCUAUAUUAACAAACAAGCUUGUCUACUGUUUGCUGAUCUUCUAUAUUUACUUCCGAAUGAACAUAUCAUGCGAAGUUGGGAAAAACUCUUUGUCAAUAUACUGGUUUUAUCCCGCGCAUGUCUACCCCAAGUAAAAGACAUAAAUUUUUUAAAAUCUCUUUUGUUUCAAUGCCCCUUAACGCCUCUUCAGUAUAUUUCGAACCAUCGAUUAAUUGAUGGUGACGAAGAUUGUCUUGGUGGCAUUGACGAACAUACUUCGUCUUCAAACAAAAGUUGUUCAUUAGUAGAGACAUCCGGUUAUCGAUAUCGAUGUUCGAAUAACGCGGCAACAGAAAUAUGUUUAUCACCCUUGCUUGUCGGUGAUAACAUCGCUCAAUGUCCAAACAGCGAUGAUGAACCGUCAAAGAUAAAUAGCUGGCCUAUGUUUACAGAUGAUUAUAUUACAUAUCAACAAAUUUGUAACGGAUGGGAAGAAAUUAAACCCAAUAAAUUUGAUGAAACGGAUGAAACUCAGUGUGAAAUGCUUUGGCCAUGUCGAAAUCUAUAUACUACUUGCGAUGGUACUUGGAAUUGUCUUGAUGGAAAGGAUGAGCUAGGUUGUGAUUACGCUAGGUCUUGGCCUGUUAGCUGCAACACCUCAAUGGAGCAUAUUUGUGUUCUAAGAUCUACUGAACAGCUUGGUUGUUUACCGAUUUACCGCGCAAAUGACGGUAUCAUUGAUUGUAUCGGUGGUUCUGAUGAACCUACUUGUCGACAAAUACCUCGGCAUAACUUUCAGUGUUACCAAUACUCGUCAGAACGGUGCAUCUCGUUAGAUGAUCUAUGUUCAGUUACUAUUGACUGUCCAAUGGAACGGGACGACGAACGUUUAUGCUCCGAUCCUACUAUUUUCUCCAGCUGUGUAGCUUGCAAAUUUCUAGAUAUGUGUACCAAGAGAAUGGAAUUCUUGUGCCAACUCAAUCGUCUAAAAGUACUUUCAACGAAAUUUUUUACUUUGACCCAAAUCUAUUUGGAGACUGCGUACAAAACUCAAAUGUAUAUGUUGGAUGAAACUAAAGCGAUUGCUGAAGAAAAUGAAAACUAUUCCGAAGAAUUAAUGAAUGCUCAUCAUGUCUGGAGCUGCAAUCGAGGUAUAUUAAUUAAUGUUAAUGGGCUAGAAAAGGAAGCAUGUCUAUGUCCGCCAAGCUAUUAUGGAUCACAUUGCCGAUUUCAACGACAGCGUAUUACUGUGAGCAUGCAGGUAUCAGUACCAGUGGGAGUUAUUACCUUGCAAUUUAUAGUUUAUUUACUCGAUGCUAAUACUCAGCGCAUCAUUUCAUAUGAACAAUUCCAAUAUUUGCCACAAGCAGGUUGUGAUAAGAAACGUUAUAUAUAUCUUCUUUAUGACAUAGGAUUACAAAAAAGUGACAGUGCCAUUCGAAUAGAUGUUUUUACCGUUCAUCCUUUGGAGUACCGUGCUUCUUGGUAUUUCCUUGUUCUGUUUUCGUUUCUACCAGUUCAACGGUUGGUUGUUCGAUUGAUCGUACCAGAUCAACAACCAAUGCCGACAAAAACAGUCCCAUCCAAAUGUUUGCAUGGCAAAUACUUUCAGUACAUGAAUAGAAAAGAUUAUUUCUGUUACUGUGAAUUGGGUUGGAUGGGAACGUUUUGCAAUAAACCUAACAAAUGCAAUUGUUCUGAGAAGAGUCUUUGUAUUGGUUCACUGAAAAAUGAAUCAAUCUGUGUAUGUCCUCCAAACCGAAUUGGUCCGCAAUGUCUUAUUGAAGAACCAACCUGUAUUUUGCACAGUUGUCAACAUGGAGGAACUUGUAUCCCUCUAGAUGUUAGAGCAACAAAUCCCAACGAAGGAAAAGUACCUUACUUAUGUCACUGUACAGAGCAAUACGACGGGUAUUUAUGCGAAAUUUCCAAAGGCAGAAUUGAGAUAACGUUCGAUCAAAUCGAUAUUCCACUGUCAAUGAUCAUACAUUUUAUUACUAUAGUCGAAAAUGAUUUACCCUUGAGAAAUACUCUUUUCAAAAAGCUUUCACAGUUACAUAAGGGAAUAGUGACUUUAUUCACGUCAAUUUCAUUUAAUAUAGUUUAUGCUGAAUUUUCAAACAACUACUACCUUUUCGUUAUACAAGAGAAAUAUCAGAAAUAUACGAAUAUAUCAUCAACUAUUAUGCCAUCGAAUCGAUGUCCUCAUGUUCGAGAAUUAUUAAAUCCGAACAUUAAUUCACAAAGAAAAUUGACAUAUAUUAAAUAUUAUCAUAUUCUGUGUCAGAACUAUUCCAACCUACAUUGUUUCUAUGAUGAGAAGCAAAUGUGUUUAUGCAUGAAUGAUAAUCGUGAAGCUAACUGUUUCUUGUUUAAUCACAACAUGAUUUAUGAUUGUAAUGGACGUAACAAAUGUAAAAACGGCGGUCAGUGCUAUGAAGAUGAUGUUAAUUGUCCACAAGUAUCAAUAUGUCAAUGUCCUGAAUGCUUUUAUGGUUCUCUUUGUCACUUGACAGUUUUGGGCUAUGGUUUAACUCUUGAUGCUAUUCUCGGAUAUCACAUUGAUCCAUAUGCCACUAUUGGUCGUCAAGCUACAAUUGUUCAAAUUAGUAUGAUAACGAGUGUGUGCAUGUUUAUUAUAGGAUUGAUAAAUAGUCUUUUGUCGAUUAUUACUUUCAUACAAAAGAGUCCACGUGAUGUAGGUUGUGGUUGGUAUUUGUUGGCAUCUUCUUUCAUUUCUCUUCUGAAUAUAACAACAUUCGUUGGUAAAUUCUGGUUUCUUAUCGUGAUACAAACGAGUUUAUUACUCAAUCGUACAAUUAUAUAUAUUAGCUGUAUCACUAUUGAAUUUUGUCUCAAAACUCUACCAGCAAUAGGUGAUUGGAUGAAUGCUUGUGUUGCAAUCGAACGAGCUUGUAAUGUAAUAUUUGGCCCUCAAUUUAACAAGAACAAAAGCAAAUAUUAUGCCAAAUUUGUCAUUAUCAUUGUUGUUGUGUUAACUGGAGUAAGUUCUAUUCAUGAUCCAUUACAUCGACAAUUGAUUAGUGAUCCAGAUCAGAGCCGAUUAUGGUGUAUAGCAAGCUAUCCAUCUCAUUUGUUGAGAUAUAAUUCUACAAUGAAUAUUUUACAUUUCAUUAUACCUUUUCUCAUCAAUUUAAUUUCUGCUCUCAUUAUCAUUAUUAUGAUGAGCCGUAAACGUUCAAAUAUCCAACGGAAGCAAUCGUUCAAAAUGCAUUUACGUGAUCAAUUUCGUGAACACAAGCAUCUUCUCAUUAGUCCUAGUCUACUUGUUCUUCUUACAUUACCGCGAAUAAUCAUAUCCUUUACUUCCAGUUGUAUGAAAUCUCCCCGAGAGCCAUGGAUUCAUCUAGCUGGUUAUUUUACAGCUUUUAUUCCAUCUCUAGUCACAUUUUUUGUCUUUGUUCUUUCAUCGAAAGCUUACACCAAAGAAUUCUUGAAGGCAAUGAACGACUAUAGAAGAGCAAUUGAACAGCGAUUAUAUUUUCGAUAA